AUGUCCACCGUCAUCCUCAAAGCCGAGUGCCUCUGCCGCGCCCACACCUUCACCCACUCCGUCCCGCUCUCCACCCUUCCGCUCCGCGGUUCCUCCUGCCACUGCACAUCCUGCCGCCACGUCACCGGCGCUCUGCGCGGGUCCGCCGAUGCCGUCUGGCCGGGGCCUACCGCGGACAUUGUGCGCGUCGCUGGGGAGCCGCCUCGUCAUGAUGGCGACGACGCCGACAACAACGACGGCGAGAAAAACAACGACGGAAACGCCAAACUCGCCCGGUACCGCCACUCUCCGCGAGUGAAUGUCCUCUUUUGCGCGCGAUGCGGGACAGAGCUGUUCUUCGAGGAGUGGGAGAACGCCGAGGCGAAGAAGAGCGGUGCGGAGGCGGCAUAUGCCGUUUUCACGGGUGCGUUGAACGCCGCAGCAGCGGAAGGACCCGAGGGAGCGGAUGUACCUCCCAUCACGUCGGUUCAGGUUGUGCAGUAUGCGGAUCACAUAUUUGUGGGUGAUACACGCGAUGGCGGGGCGUUGCCGUGGUUGAGGGGGAUUAAUGGCGAGGGUCAGCCGGCGCCGAAGGUGUGGCUUGGUGGGAGGAACAGGAGUGAGGAGGUGGCGGAGGGGGUGCGGUGGCCGGCGGUUGAGGCGUUGGCUAAGUUUGAGGAUGGGUUGAAGGGGGCUGAAGGUGACGCGGGCAAUGUGCCGAUUCGGUGUCAUUGUGGCGGUAUUGAUCUGGUGUUGCGCGCGGGCGAGGCGCAGAGGGAGUUUGAGGCGUUGCAGAAGAGUGGGAAGGAGCUUCCGUGGUUUGCAGACCCGGUUACGUAUAAGGGAAUUGGGUCCGUUGAUGGGUGCGACUCGUGUCGUCUGGCUGUGGGAUCGGAGCUGCAUAACUGGACGUUUGCGCUGGUCAAGCACAUCUCUUUUGCCGGGGCCGACCAGGGCGGGUUUCCCGAGGACACCCUGGGGCUUCGGGCCGCUGUGGAUGCGGCGGAUGGCACGACCCGCGACCCACGGUUUGGUACGAUCACGUACUACUCCAGCUCGCCCGAGGUGCAGCGUUACUUUUGCGGCCGGUGCUCGGCGGUGCUGUUUUAUGCGGCGGACGAUCGAUCCGAGCUGGUUGAUGUGGCGGUCGGCCUGCUCGACGCUCCGGAUGGUGCACGGGCAGAGACGGCUGUAUCGUGGGCAUUCGGGAGUCCCAUCGUGUAUAGGCAGGACAUGAUCGGGACGUGGCGAGAGGCACUGGUGACUGCGGUCGAGCAGGAUGCGGAGGCUUGGAGGAUAGAGAGAGGGUAUCCGAAGUUUUGGCGUAGGGCUGCAAAGGAAGCGGCCGAGAAGGCCAAGCAGGAAAAAGCCGAGAAGGAGAAGGCUGAGAAGGAAAAGGCCUCCGGGGCCAACUAA